AUGAAGCUCACAGUUGAUGGACUACCAGUUCUAUUCCCAUACGAUUACAUAUAUCCUGAACAAUAUGCUUACAUGAAGGAUCUCAAGAGAGCUCUCGAUGCAAAAGGCCAUUGCAUGCUCGAAAUGCCUUCAGGAACUGGCAAAACUAUAUCCUUGCUAUCUCUGAUUGUCGCAUACCAACAACAUCAUGCCGAAAAGCGCAAGCUGAUUUAUUGCUCACGAACAGUCCCUGAAAUCGAAAAGGCUCUAGCUGAAUUGCAAAGGUUGAUGGCAUAUCGCAAACAAAUGGGUCAGAAUGAGAACUUUCUCGGUUUGGGAUUGACUUCACGUCGGAAUCUAUGUGUUCAUCCUGAGGUAUCGAGAGAGAAACGUGGCAAAGUAGUCGAUGCUCGAUGUCGCGCUCUUACUGCUCCAUGGGUUCGUGAAAGGGCCAAAAGUGCUGAAGAAGCUGAUAAUGUUCAGACGUGCUCUUUUUAUGAGAGUUUGGAGGAUGCAGAAGAUACAGCAUCGAUGCCUGCAGGAGUGUACACUCUGGAAGACUUGAAAGAGUGGUCCUCGGCUGCUGGAUAUUGUCCCUACUUCUUGGCAAGACGAAUGAUCCCAUUCGCAAAUGUCAUUAUCUACUCAUAUCAUUAUCUGUUGGAUCCAAAAGUGGCGGAACUUGUAUCAAAAGAAAUGCCCAAGGAUGCUAUUGUUGUAUUUGAUGAGGCACACAAUAUCGAUAACGUGUGUACUGAAUCAUUGAGUAUUGACCUGACAAAGCCGUUACUGGAUCAAAGCGCAAGAAGUGUCACUGCUUUGAGUAACAAGAUUGAUUCAUUGGAACAAAGUGGCUCUGAGCAAUUACAACAAGAGUAUCAACGCUUGGUAGACGGAAUGAGAGAUCGAGAUCAGAAUCGAAACGAGUAUCUGGCCAAUCCAGUACUUCCUGAUGACAUACUUCGUGAAUCUGUGCCUGGCAGUAUUCGACGUGCUAAACACUUUGUCAACUUUAUGAGACGAUUUGUCGAGUAUUUGAAGACUCGUAUGCGUGUUAUGCAUGUCGUUGCAGAACAUCCCUCUUCAUUUCUGCAGAAUGUCAAGGAGCUGACAUGUAUUGAGAAGAAGCCUUUAAGAUUUUGCUCUGAGCGACUGUCUUCAUUGGUGAGAACACUCGAGUUAUCAGAUCUGGAAGACUUUGCUGGAUUGCAGAAGGUUGCACAAUUCGCUACAUUGGUCGCCACGUAUCAGAAAGGCUUCAUGUUGAUUCUUGAGCCAUUCGAAAAUGACGGAGACGUUAUACCAAAUCCCGUACUUCAUCUCGUCUGCCUAGACGCUACGUUCGCCCUAAAACCCAUAUUCGAUCGAUUCACUUCUGUUGUGAUAACAUCUGGUACCCUGUCACCCAUGGAAUUGUAUCCCAAACUAUUAGGAUUUACGCCCAUCAUCAUGGAAAGCUAUCAAAUGACCCUUACUCGUGCUUCCUUCCUACCAUUGGUUGUAACCCGAGGCAGUGAUCAAGUAGCCGUAUCAUCCAAGUUUGAAGUCAGAAAUGAUUUGGCUGUUGUGAGGAAUUAUGGCAACUUGUUGAUGGAGAUGGCAAGAAUUGUACCUGAUGGUAUAGCUUGUUUCUUCCCAUCAUAUUUGUAUAUGGAGUCUAUUGUAUCUGCUUGGAAUGAAUUAGGUGUGCUACAAGAAGCGCUCAAGUACAAACUGAUUUUCAUUGAAACUCCCGAUGCACCAGAAACCAGUUUGGCAUUGGAGAACUAUCGAAUGGCCUGUGACAAUGGCCGUGGUGCCAUCCUGUUGUCUGUAGCACGAGGCAAAGUAUCGGAAGGAGUCGAUUUUGAUCACAACUAUGGGCGAGCUGUGAUCUUGUUUGGUAUACCCUAUCAAUAUACCGAGUCACGAUUGCUCAAAGCACGACUGGAGUAUCUACGAGAGAAUGUGGAUAUUCGAGAGAAUGAUUUCUUGACGUUCGAUGCUAUGCGUCAUGGAGCUCAAUGUGUCGGUCGUGUAUUGAGAGGAAAGACUGAUUAUGGGCUCAUGAUCUUUGCUGAUAAGAGAUUUGCUCGAGCAGACAAACGAUCCAAGUUGCCUAAAUGGAUUCGUGAAGGCAUGAAUGAAGGAUACACAAACUUGAGUACUGAUAUGGCUAUAGCUGUCGCCAAAAAGUUUCUUCGAGAGAUGGCUCAACCUUCGAAAGAUCCUUAUAAUGUCAGUACGUGGGAUUUGAAGCGUGUGAUGGAAGAAGAAGCGAAGGAUGCAAAGAGGAAGGAGGCUUUUGAGGAUGUGCACGGUGGAGGUGCAGGAGCACAAGAAGUGCCUAUUGCUGAUCCCAUGGAUGUGGAGCUUUGA